AUGCCCGCCCCACACGUCCUCUGCCUGCUCGCCGCGCUCCUGGCUGCGGCUGAUGCCCAGACAACAGCAAAUCCUAGGUCCUGUUACCAAUGCAGGAGAAAUUCUGUGAGUAGUUGCCCUGCUCUGGCACAGCCCUGCCCCGUCGGUCAAGGCGCCUGCCUCAGUGUCUGGGAAGCAAACACGCUGGUCAAAGGAGCUGUGGAAAAUACAGGCUAUUCCUUCUCCUGUGUAUCCUCCGCCAACCCCAGAAACAUCUCCCUCUUCUUCGGGAAUGGGGUGUACGUGAAGAUUCAAUCCCAGAACUGCUCUACGAACAGCUGCAAUACCGCAUUCACUCCUGUCUGGCCGAUCAUCAACACCGUCUACACGGGAGGCUGGUGCCCGAUCUGCUUUGCCCCGGGUCGGAGCAGCUGUUCCAGCAAGGAGACCCUGCAGUGCGAGGGCCGCGCCAGUCAGUGCAUUUCCAUCAGCGGGCAGAUCUCGGAAGAUGACAUCACGAUACCCUUUGCAGCCAAAGGCUGUGCCACCCCGCAUGCCUGCGAACUCACGAAGGGAGAGAUUCUGGAUUCAGGAGUGUUCACCUACAAAAUAAUACAGACUGAGUGUUACACGCCCAGCGGCGCUCAGCGGAUACUGGGCCCCUUUGGCCUGGGCAGCAUCUUGCCCAGCCUGGCUGGGCUCCUGGCGGUGAAAUUCCUCUCUUAA